AUGUCUAACAGACAGUUCGUGUUUAAAGGAUUAAAACAUGGGACUGAGAAACUCUUAACCGUUAUGGUGGUAGAAAUACCAAUACAGUUAGUUAUUAAAGAAUAUGAUUUAAUUACUAUACUUCGUUCACCUACCAAUAAUCAAUGUGAUAACUUUGCUGGAAUAUUUGUUUCGGCUAAGAAACUUAAUGUUAAAUCGCUGAUAGAACAACCAUCCAAAUCGAGAUGCGUAGAGAAUUCGGUUAAAGUGUUACUGAAUCGUUUACUAGAACAUCGUCAAAAAUCGACGGUUUUUAUGCUUUUACAUUCUAAAAAUAAGACCUUUGAAACAUCAAGGGAUUGGAGUAGCGUGAAGGUUAACAGGACUGAUGCAUUUUUUUUCACUGGAACAACUUGUGAGAGGAUAUACGAACAAUUGAGACCAGAAAUUAAUAGUGGUAGUUCUGAAGUGAUUUAUAAAUAUGAAUCUAAUGUUGCAAAAUCACGAAAGCCCUCAAACGCCUAA